GGCUGAGCCGCUGAAGUAGUAACGUUGAAACAUGCGGAAACUCCUGUUUCUGCCCCUAUUACUCGUGUUGCAGGUUCACGCACAUUUCAAUUUUUUCAUAACGGAAGAUGAGAUGUUCAGGCUUCUAGGCAUUAAGGCAGAAGUGUUCUAUGUGGACAAAGGGGUGGUGAACAGAUAUGCACUAAACUUCAACGUGAUGAUUCCUGCACACAUUUCAGAUAUCCAUUUCUCAUGGCAGAGUUUGGUCAAUCGUUCGCUACCCUACAUUCUCGCUGUGAAUUAUGACGGACAGGAGGCUCUACUUCCUCCGCAGAUGAAUAUUUCAUCAACCGGUGUGAUACCGACAUCUGUGCAGACCUUUAGGGUAACCUUCGUAUGCACAGGAAUCAAAAGCGCUGAAAUUGAGGUGAAACUUCAUCUCAUAGUGCCAUCAUAUGACAAGAUGUACAACGAAACAUCCCUCAUUUUCAGGAGGAAUAAAAUAUGUCAGAGAGGUACUGAAAGUGUAUAUCGCAAUGAUUCUAUAAAACUGGAUCCUGAAUCCUUAGAAAACGCCACAGGAUCUUUGUAUGUUGCUGUCGCAUGUGCAGUUACAAUGAUAACAUUGAUUGUUAUCACAACAUCGGCAGUUUGCAUCAAAAACAAGAAAGUUCGCUCGCAGGAUCCUCAUUACAUGUCCGCCAUAUAUGACAACAACCAACACGUCUUCGUUAGUCUUGGAUCGGCUGUUAGAAGACCCUCAAGCGCAGGAAGUGGUAGCUACGCAACAAUUGCAAGUAUUCAAAAAUCACCACCCUCACCGACAACUUACGCCAACGGAAAUGCUUACAGAGUUUCCUAUUACGCUUCUUCCCAGGUGGGGUUGAUGUCACAGACUGGUUCGCAAGAAACAUUCGACACAACUAAACGUUUGCGCGAUCUAGCGGUGCCAGGGCAAACUUUGGUGCUUGAAGAUGUUAUUGAAGAAGGAAUAUUUGGUCGGAGUUAUCGAGGAUUUUAUAAAGGAGAGAAAACUGUUAUGGUGAAAGGAUUGAAGGAAGGAGCAUCCCAAAGACAGGUCCAUUUAUUUUUGACCGAAGGCAUGAUGUUGUAUGGAAUGGAGCAUAAAAAUGUUCUUACCGUUCUUGGGAUGAAUACAGAAAACCCAAAACAACCCUUAUUUAUUUACCCAUUCAUCGGUAGGGGAAAUCUCAAAAGAUUCCUCAUAAAAUGUCGACAACGUGAAGAAGACCAAUAUACACUUUCGACACAAAGCCUUGUAGAUAUAGCUAUACAAAUUGUUUUCGGCUUAAUGUACCUACACAGUCAAUGUCUAUGCCAUAAGGACGUAGCAACACGGAACUGCGUUAUUGGCGAAAAGCUGCAGGUGAAAAUAACGGAUACUGCCCUAUCCAGAGAUUUUUUCCCGAACGAUUACUUCUGCCUGGAUGACAGUGAAAGCAGACCAGUUAAAUGGCUAGCCCUCGAGAGCCUCAUCUACAAACAACACAGUACAGCAUCAGACGUGUGGUCCUUCGGUGUUCUGCUCUGGGAACUGACAACGCUAGCCAAUCAGCCAUAUCCAGAAAUAGACCCCCUCGAUAUGAGCAACCAUCUGAGAAAUGGCUAUCGACUUUUUCAACCUGUCGGCUGUCCUGAUGAGCUGUUCGCUAUUAUGGCUUACUGUUGGCUAGCCAAUCCAACUGAAAGGCCUCAACUGUCUCAGCUCCUGUCUUGUCUUCAAGAUUUCUACACUGCUUUGUGUCGAUACAUUUGAUCGAGAAAUGGAGACACUGGGUAUCUCUUCCGAAGACUGAAGGAUAAUUAGCAAAAUGAUGGAGGGAUUGACGUUACGAACCUUGGGAAAAAAUCAAAAUUCCUGCACUUUUCCUAAGAAUUCCAACCUCAUUUUUAGGCUGAUUGAAUACUGUAUUGUUUGAAAACUUAAGAUAGUGAGGUUGAUGUGACUGAUACGAAAGGAAUCAAUUUCAUCAUCGAAUACUUAUCAGAAAUUGGUUCGACUGAGCGAGUCUACAAUGUUAUGACCAUCCCGAUUGACUGACAACGAAAUUUUUUAUGUUUGCAGAAGAAAUCGAGUACAGAAAAAUAUAAUAAAAAAUUCUACAUUUUUCUACCCAAAUAGGAGCUUGUUUUCACCUAAUUUCAAUCGAUUGCUUCAACAAUCGAAAGGAAAUGAUCAAUACUCCUCAAUUUGACUCAUAAUUGAUUUCGACUGAGUGAUUGCAGAUCCAGAUGAAAAAACUCAUUUAAAACUUUUCUCGAAUGUUGAUAGAUGUAUUAUCCAUAAACACCUGUCUAGGUUUCAUGUACAAAACCGAUUAGUGCGAAAUAGAUAAUUAUAAAAUCCGAAUUUAAUUGGUAGGGUUGACUAUCUUCACCUUGAGGUGAGUAAAAACCAACAAUAUUUCCUUAAUUAUUUUAUCUUCAAGACGUUCGCUGUGGGAACAGCCAAUUGAUUCGAUGGUGAUGCUGACAUCACUCUCUGCUCAUACGAAAGUUAAUUCAGAAUUAUUCAUUUACAUUGUUUUCUGUGAGAAAAAACUACUCGUCGGAUCCUACCCAAAAGUAUAAUUUUCAACUCAUUAUCCGGAAGAAAUUCGAAUAUAUAGCAAACUCGUUUUCUAAACAGACGAUAUUGGAGCACUGUUUCAAUUAUAAGGAAAAACAAUUACGAAUUUUAUAAAUCAAAUAUAUGGUACAGAUAACUCACAUCCUCAUUAUUUUCAUGUAUUGAGUGAUCUUGUUGCGAAUUCAUGUCAGAACUUCGAUGUUUAUAUAAAUGUCUCAAUAAAUGUUACUAGAAAUACAAAGACUGAAAAAUAUCACAAAAUCUGAUUGAGCGCAAGGAACACACACGAUUGAAUGGGAUAGUGGAAAAAUAUAAUAUGUUUAUUGUUCAUUAAAUCCCCUUUUUUCAAUAUACAAAUACAGAACCCUGUAUUUCUAUCGACUGAAUUGCAAUCGUUAUAAUAUUGAUGUAUCUCUGUAUUAUUUAUGUGUUCAAAUUCAAAUGUUGCAGAGUAGAAUCUGUUGUUUCGAUGUUCAAAAAACUCCAAUUAUAGUCAAGCAUGAGGGAUCAAUAGACGAAAUUUACAUGUAUUUUUUAUAUCCGCAUGUUGGUUGUUGGAAAAGAAAUAAUUGUGAAACUGUUAAAAAUGUAUAAUUAAAAUCAACUGGUGUAGAAUGAGAGUGACAGAUUUUAGGGACCAAGCUGUUGAAUGAAUUGUGCUAUUGAAAUUUUCAUUCAUGCAUAUGGAGCUCUUCUAAUUAAUUUCAUUUUGGGAUAGAUGAAACUGGUUCUGUGAAUUUCAUUCUGCACUAAUUUCGAUUGAAUUCGGUAACACUAAGAAAAAAACCAUUAAAUGUUCACGAAGUGUUGUUAAUUGUUAUAUAAAUUCGAGAAAUGUGCUGAUCAUGAAUGAAAUUACUACUCAACCGAAACAUUUUAUGUUUUUCAGUAUUGAUGGUAUCGAAAAACUGAUGCAGUACUUAUGAAUGUAUAAGUGUGAUUAUAUUUUUUGUACGUUG